AUGGGAGAAAACUGGAAAAGACAACAAAGGCUUCCGAAUGCUCCACAAAUUCCUUGCAUUCGAGUACCUCCCUUUGCCUCAGACACAUCAUUAAUGAAGGACCUGACCCGAGGGCAGCAGGGCUACUUCUAUAGCAUCAUGAGGAUUUACAGUUGUAGACCCCAGUGGGAGGCCCUGCAGGCUCGCUAUGUUCAUAGCCUUCAGCACCAGCAGCUGUUGGGCUAUAUUACUCAACAGGAAGUCUUGGCUUAUGCUGCUGUGCUGAGAGAUUCAACCAAGAGAGCUUCAGCCAAGGCAGUCCAUCAAAGAGCCAUCCAACCUCAGAAAGCUUCAGCCCUGGCAAGAAAAUGGCCACCAGCACAACCCGUGUUUGUGCUUCAACCCAGGGCCCAUAGCACAAGGCUCUGA